CUGUUCCAAAGGAACUGCUAGGCGGGGGGAGCCAAUGAUCGGUCACUGUGCCUUAGGGGGCGUUACCAUCCCGUUUGGAGUACGCGUGCGCAGCAUCAAUUUGCUGUUGCCAGGCACAACGAAGCGAGAAUCUGGGGAGACGUAGUUAAUUGAUGAAGACCAUCAAAGAGUGCUGACAGGAACCUAUUUUGUAUUAUUAAUGUAAAGGAAGCGCUGAUACUCAGGACUCUCAGCAUGGCUGGAGAUGGGUGUGAAGUCUCUGACCUUGACCAAGAUAAAUAUGAUUCUGCUGAAAAUGUCAAGAUUAUCUGCCUUGGUGACAGUGCUGUGGGGAAAUCAAAGUUGAUGGAACGCUUUCUAAUGGAUGGAUUCCAUCCACAGCAGCUCUCUACGUUUGCUCUGACACUUUAUAAGUAUUCCACAUGUGUUGAUGGAAACACCGUUCUAGUAGAUUUCUGGGACACAGCUGGACAAGAAAGAUUCCAUAGCAUGCAUGCUUCCUAUUAUCACAAGGCCCAUGCCUGUAUAAUGGUAUUUGAUGUGCAACGCAAGAUCACAUACAAGAAUCUAGGAAAAUGGUAUCAAGAGUUACGGGAAUACCGACCAGAGAUCCCAUGCAUUGUUGUGGCCAAUAAGAUUGAUGCUGACAUCCGUGUGACGCAGAAAGGUUUUAAUUUUGGCAAGAAACACAAUCUACCAUUUUACUUUGUAUCAGCUGCUGAUGGUACCAAUGUGGUUAAGCUCUUCAAAGAUGCGAUAAAGCUUGCUGUAUCCUACAAGCAGAACUCUCAGGAUUUUUUGGAUGAAGUGAUGCGGGAGCUUGAGAACUUUGAACUAGAAAAGCAAGAGGCAGAAGAUCUGUCAGAAAAAGAGGACUUAUCAGAAGAUGGAGAAAAACCAAAGGCUGUGUAAAUACUACUUACCCAGGGUACUAUUUUAUGACAAGCAGUCUAGAGCUAGGUGCUACUGCUAUAAAAUGUACCUAAUCCUGGUAAAGAUAUUGCCGACUACAGCUGCUAUUUGUAUUGUUAGAAAGCAAGAGAAUGUAGUUAAGGACCAAAAGAGCAACCUGGAUACUUUAAAUUAUCAUUAUGUCAAAGUUUUAAUCAUAUAUAUAGCUUGAUCUCUCUGGAACAUUUUUAGAACAUGAUUAUAUAACAGCCAUAAUUGAUUUUGGUACAGAGUCCCCUGAGACUAUAACAGUAGGUGCUCAGAUAUAGUUUUUGACUUUUAGUUAGGCUUCUCUAACAAGUUGUGUUCCAACUGUAUUAACAACAGUGAUCAGAUGUGAAGUUGUUCUUUUCUCAAGGACACAGCAUUUGUAAAUAUUAAAUUAUUUUAGAAAUCAUGAAUUCAAAUUUCCAUCUUUCAUCUCUGACUACAGAUACAUUAAAUAUACUUCUACUAAACGGACUAGUACCAAAUAUACUGUUUCAAUAAAUUUCCAUUGUGACACUUUUAUAUUGCACACUAA